UUGUCUAAGACCCUAGACAGCAGAUUCUUGUAGUAAAUGUUGCUCAGGGUUAUGCUUGUGUUUGUAAUUCAAAGUUAUAAUGCUGUUAAUUUAGAAUCUUGGUAAAGAAUUACGACAAGCCUUACGGAGGUUGACUUUGUUACUAUUAGUGAAGUGAUGUUUGAUCUUAACUACACUAAUUUGUUGCCAUGUGAGUUAAAAACAAAAAACAAAAAUAAAAAAAUAAAAAAUAAAAAAAACAAAACAAAACAAAUUCAAUUCGUAGAAAUAGUUUUAAAGAUUUUAAAAGCAUCCGUCCCCACAACACACCUACCGUCCCACAAUAGUCCACAUUCUACUGAUCUUAAAGCGAAGUAAAAAUGGUAUUGUGUUUCCUUAAACAGAAACUUGGAAACCAAUGCCAUUGACUCCAUUUAUUUGGACACUAGUGAGUGAAGAUGAACACAUGCAGAUAUUGAAUGAACUCACCAACCUUCUUCAAGUCUGAGUUCAUUUCUCUAUAUUUGACCAAGUUAAAGUUCCUCCAUGUCACCAUUAGGUUUUUGCAGCUUUCAAGCGGUAAAAUGGUGAAAAACAUAUCCACAAAUGAUGAGAAGAAGCCUUCCUUCUUCCGGAUUCUUGUUGCCGGUUACAACACUGAGUAUUUGCAUAUCCCCAGAGACUUCUUGAAACAUAUACAGAAAGACCUGUCCGAGAGAGCAUUUUUUACGCUGACCGAUUCCUUGGAUUGUUCAUGGAGUGUCAAAGUGAGUGGAACGACAAUGGGUGCUGUGCGUUUCACAGAUGGCUGGCAGGAGUUCUUGAGGGAUAAUUCCUUGGGUCACGGCAACUUUGUAGUAUUCAUCUAUGAUGGGAGGAUGAAGUUCAGCAUAAGGGUAUAUGGCACAAACGCGUGUGAGCGAGAAGUCGGUUCUACCAAGAUUGGAUCAACUAAUCAGAAUUCCACCUUUGCUGACACUACUAAAAUGCCUAGUGGUAGUGGUGGACAAAGAAAGUGCGAUGGGAGCUCGUCUAAGCGUCCUCAUCCAUCGAGCUCUUGCAGCAACGAUGAUUCAGGUGAAAACCUUUGUGAACCCAAAGAAGAUGACGAAGACAGCACAUCUAACGAUUGGGACGAUGACGAAGACAACACAUCUGAUGAGGAUUCGGAAGAUGACACAUCUGAGGAGGAUAUGGAAGCUGCAGCUGAGCCUGAGUCUUUCAAAUCAAAAUUCCCUCAUUUUAAAAGCGUUAUAAGAACGUCAAGUAAUGUGUACGUCCCUGCGGCCUUCUCUAGGAAGCAUUUUUCUAAACAAAAACAAUUCAAGAUUUUCAUGAAAAAUGCAGAGGAAAAAACAUGGGCUGUGAACGUUGUCCAUUUGAACACAUCACACUCCUUUUCUGCCGGGUGGUCUCGGUUCGCAUCUUCUAACCAAAUUGGUAUCGGCGAUACUUGCAUAUUUGAGCUUUUGAGCAGCAACGAGAUGAAGGUUCGCAUUAUCCACAAGGCAUCAGUUUGAAGCUAUAUUAAUAGUAGGGUAAUUUAAGUGGUGAGCUUUAGCUAGCCUUGUAGUUUCUCUCCUCGCCGGUCGCCACUCGUAGUUGUAUUUCGGAUUAAGAGUUGGAUAGUGGUGCAAAUUGUUUUGUACUAUCUAAUCAUAAUUUUUACUUUUAAAUCUUAAGAGUUAUCGGUA